UUUCAAGUAAACAUAAACCUAACCUCGAGUUAUUCAAAAUGCAACUGACAGCACUUCCAUUGGUUCAACGAAUCAGAAUGAAUUUUCUAAAAGAAUGUAGGCAAUAAGAGAUACGCUUGGGAUGAACUAUGAACCAAUUAGGUGUUGUGUACGUAUAAAGUAACAUCUGGGCUAAAAUUAAUGAAUGGAUCAAAAUGUCAAAUGAAAUAAUAAACCUUAUUUUAAUCGUAAAUAUCCUAAUUACUGGACUCACAGCCACAUUUCCCGAGGAUAACGAACCUAAAGAUUUUGAAAGUAAUGAAGAUCUCGAUUUACGCAAGUUAUUGAAAAAUUAUAUGGAAAAGAACAGAGCAUAUCGUAGGACAUCGGAAGAUUCAUCUGAUGAUUGGCAUGGACGAUGGAUGCCAGAAAGACCUUCGGAUCCAAAACCUCCUCCAAAGAUUCCCCACAAAUCCGAGAUAGAAAAUUCAACCGACGAUUGGCAUGGACGAUGGAUGCCUGAGAGACCUACCGACCCAAAACCUCCACGAAAGAUUUUCCACAAAUCUGACCUGGAAAAUGUAUCCGAAGAUUGGCAUGGACGAUGGAUGCCAGAAAGAUUUUCGGAUCCAAAACCUCCUCCAAAGAUUUUCCACAAAUCUGAGAUUGAAAAUCCAUCUGAAGAUUGGCACGGACGAUGGAUGCCAGAGAGACCUUCAGAUCCGAAACCUCCUCCAAAGAUUUCCCACAAAUCUGAAGAUUGGUCAGGACGAUGGAUGCCGGAAAGACCUACGGAUCCAAAACCUCCUCAAAAGAUUUUCCACAAAUCUGAGAUUGAAAAAGUUGAAAGAAUCCCCAUGGGCAUCAAAACAGAGUAUUGCGAUGAUGGAAAGACAAAUUUAUCAAUUGACUGGGAUCAUUCGCCAGUUAAUCAUACUUGCUACGGACCAAAAAUAACACCGGAAUAUAGUAUAAAUCCUCAUAUUUAUUGUGAAUACAUAUCACCUGAGUACGUGGCAAUGCACAAAUGCAUGCAUGAACCUAUUGAAUACGACGAUCCUAUUCCUUUAUUUGGUAGUCACCGACCAAUAUGGCCCGUUUAUGGUGAAUACAAAUUCGUGCCAAGACAAAGAUGGAUUCAUAAUGCAGAGCAUGGAGCCGUCGUGAUGCUUUAUCACCCCUGUGCAAAUCCCUUGGAAGUGAAGCGCUUGAAAGCUCUAGUCACUGGUUGCAUGUGGCGUCACAUAAUAUCUCCCUCGAAUUUGCUGAGCAUGGAAAGACCUCUGGCGUUGGUAACGUGGGGGUGUCGCCUGACAAUGUCCUACGUCGAUCCCGAACUAGUCGAGCAAUUUAUCAUGGAAAAGGCACUCCGAGGUCCGGAACGAGUCUCGAAUGAUGGCGAUUUUGAAGAUGGUCUCUUGAAAAAGGCAAAAAUAGUCUCCGACGCUGUAGAUUCCAAACUCUGUCCCAACUCUAAAGUUCCACGCAAUCAGAUCCAUAAGACGGAUAAUGGCGGCAAAUUGAUGUGACUUUUAUUCUAAGAUGUGAAUAUUCAUAUUUAUUUUUAAUUUGACUCAUAAAGAUACCGAGAAAUAAAUCUAAUUUGAUGUGUACCAGGACUUACAGGUCAAGUCAAUAUCACAAAGAUUUGAGUACAAAUUUUUUCAAAGUCUAAAAUUUUAUAUUUGUUUUUAUUUAUUUCUUUGAUUAGUUGGUUCUUUUAAAUAUCUACUUGUAGUCCGUGCGUAUAUCGUUUUGGGAUUCCUCUUCAAGUCCGGUUUCUAUUUGUAUAUAACUUCCCAGAUUCUGUGAUUAUUAUAUAUUUAUUAUAAUAUUAUUUUAUAGCUAAUUUACAAUUUAAGUAUGAUUAUCUUCUUACGAUUGCAAUACAAAUGUUUAAGCAGAACUCAUUGAACAAAAAACAUCGGCGAAUAUUCUUUGGGUUGCAAGCUAAAAUAAUGAAACUUAUUAAGUUUGUCAAAUUUUAGACUUUUUUUUAUUUCUGUGAAUUUUACGAUUGAAGCAUAUAAUGCAAGUGUAAGAAAGUUGUGAAUAAAUCUGAAAACCAUA